AUUACAGAAGUUAAAAUGUAAUAAAACAUUUAGAAUGAUACUUAAAGAUGUAGUAUAUCUCGGAUUCAUACCAGGAAAUCUGCCCCCGACGGACAGAGUAAACAUGAACGUCCAUUGAAUUACGUUUAUACGUGGAAAUCGAAAGUUACAGGUAUCAAGUCAGCUGAAUCGAAAGAGAGCACAGGUACAUGCAAGAGUAGAAGCAGAGUCAAGGAGAAAGAGAUGCGUUUUUUAAUAAUUUUUUUAUUGCUCACUGUUUUAUGUAAUUUGAGCUGAAAUUCCGGCAGCUUUGUUAUUUAUGAUGGAAGCUGUAAACUACGUAAGUGAACUAAACGAGUAUGCACAGCAAACACACUCCGCGCUGGACUUUAAGGAUCUUGGCAGAAUUGGCCCUGACUAUAGGACAUUUGCCCAGAGGGCAGUCCUAAAUGGUAAAGUCUAUCCUGACGGUUUGGGGAAGACCAAGAAGGAAGCCAAGCACAGUGCAGCUAAAAAUGCCCUGAAAUGCUUGUCAGAGAACCAACAUCGGGACUCAGUGGACUCAAUUUUAGGGGCUGCUGCAGCCCCCUCAGCUCCCCUUCUUCCUGUGUCCAUGGUCAAGACUGCAGAUGAGAAUUACAACUGUACAUUAAGUCAACAGAAGCAGGAAUCAAAUCAAAAUGUUUCUAAUAUCUGUAAUAAGACAAGAAGCCUCAGUGUGGACUCACAGCUUUACAGAUACAAACCGAGACAAAGAGAGACAAAUUACAUAGGAAUUGUCAACCACUACUGCCAGAAAACAAGGCGCUGCCUUUCAUUCAUUGAAGUGAGGAGAUGCGGUCCAUCUCAUAAGCCUCAAUUUUUCUACAAAUUAGUGAUAAACAAUAAGGACUACCCUGUGGGUGAGGGUCAGACUGCCAAAGAAGCCAAACAAGACGCAGCUCGGUUGGCCUGGUCUGCUCUGCUGGAGCAGUCAGACUAUGACAGCCAGGUGUCCAUCAGAUCAACAGUGUCCGAAGAUGGUGCAUCUAUGUUGUCAGUUCGAUCACCUACACAGGAGUCCCAUGAAUCACCAUCACAAAGCACGUCAACGAGCAUAAGUAGCUCAGGGAUACUUACAGAUACAUCAACCCCCUCCAAUGCUCAGAUAUCCUUCAGGUCAGCUGUGCCUGAAGAUGAUGCACCAACCAGUUUGUCAACACAGCCUACACUGGAGUCCCAUGAAUCAUCAUCACAAAGCACCUCAGUCAGCACAGGUGGCUCAAUAAUAUUCGCAGAUACAUCAAACCCAUCCGAGGGUCAGAUGUCCAUCAGGUCUAUUGCACCUCAAGAUGAUGCACCAACCCGGUUGUCCACAUCAGAUUCACUGGAGUCUCUUACAUCGUCACAAAGCAUGUCAAUUGGUACAAGUGGCUCAGAAAAAUUCACUGACUCAUCAAACUCUUCCAAGGAUCAGGAUGCUGUCAAAGACAUGAAUAUGGGGAAUAGUCGGAAUGAGACAUCAGCCCAGUCAAGGUUUACGUCAGACUUUGAUUCCAUUGACUGUGUUGGCAGUGGAGCCUAUGGUUGGGUUUACAAAGCAAGAUCUAAAGUGCUGGACAUUUAUUGUGCUGUAAAGAUUGUCCGCUGUGAAGAGAAAUCUCUUCGAGAGCCGGGGACAUUAUCAAAACUCCUCCACCCUAAUAUUGUCAGAUACUACAGAUCUUGGAUGGAAGAUUCAGGAUACCAAGGGGAAAUUUCAGCUGACAGUUCCAAUAAUUCACCGUCAAAGUACCUCUAUAUUCAGUUGGAGUUAUGUGACAGCAAAACACUUAAAGCAUGGAUUAAUAAGAAGAACACUCAGUCUCCGCAAGACUCCAAGAGAAGAGAAGAAAGUCUAAGCAUUGCUCAACAAAUAGUCAGUGGAGUUGAAUAUAUUCACUCCGAGAAGCACAUCCACAGGGACCUUAAGCCUGACAACAUCUUGUUUGGAAUGGGUGGAGAAGUGAAGAUCGGGGACUUUGGUUUGGUCACCAAAGAUGAUGCUUGGAUGGACAGAACAAGGAACAAAGGAACCCCGACUUACAUGGCUCCUGAACAAAAGGGGAAUAACUAUGGCCGUAAAGUGGACAUAUUUCCUCUGGGGUUGAUAUACUUGGAACUCCUUUGGAAAGUUUCUAGUGGCCAUGAAAGAGGAAAUGUUUUGGAUAAUGCCAGAAGUCAGAAGUUCCCCAAAGACUUCACACUGAAUUUUCCCCAAGAGAAGCAAAUUAUUAAUUCACUGCUGUGUGAGCAGCCAGAAGACCGACCUGAAGCAAGUACAUUGAAGGCAGAGCUGAAAAAGUGGGCUCAGACAUUCAGCAAACAAAAUGUGAGGAAGAAAAAUUUAACUUUGUGAUUAGGAAGGAACUGGGAAAAGUCAGAGAAUCUAUCUCUGAUUUAACGAAGUUAUGUGAUGUACUUUAGUAAAUAUGAUUUUGUGGCAAAAUGGUCAAUGUGCUGCACUAACUGAAUAUUAUGUUUUAACCUGAGAUGCAUACAAACUUAUUCACUCACACACACACACUCCACCUACGGCAAUUGAUGGCAGUUUGGGGUCAAAUCAUUAACCCUGUGAAUUAAGAACCUGAGAAAUUGAUAUAAUGUUAUGAUUUUAUAAUCAGGGAAUGAAACAUGAAAUCUAAUUUCAUUGUAAUUUAAAAAAGUAACUUUUGCAUUAAUUGACAUCUGUCUAACUUUUGUUAAUCAUGUGCCAGUUAAUUUCUGUGUCCAUAGUUAACCUUGAUAUUAUAUAUUAUUCUAUUCUGGAAAUGGUUGAAUGAUUAAGGGUGCUCUUGAUUAUUGUCAGCCGAUAUUAUUAGCUCUAAUUAGUUUGAUUAGCAGUGUCUAAAAAUCUUAAUCAGAAGAGCCCAUUCAAGAUACUUUCUCACCCCUAAUUAGAUAAAUAAAUAAGGCUACACAAUAAAAAUAAGGUUUUAAAGAGACCCGGGGAUCAAUGAUUGGUAUCGGCCACUACUGCUCCCAGCGAUCAGAGCACCCUUAAUUAACUGUAUUUAAAGUCACAUUACAGCUUUUAACGUUAUCUGGAGUUAUCUACACACUCAGUGUAAAUACACACACAUCCACUAUACUGUACAUGUAGACGGGAGCUUCCACAGCCAGACCCUUGUUUUUGUUUUUUGUGUUCAUUAAUCAUUGACAACAAUAUUGGGAAAUAAUGGAGAUUUAUAUAUUUUUUUAUAUUAUUGUGGGGCAGGGGGGUGGAUUGAUUAAUUAAAUGUUUUGUGAAAUUGUAUUUCUUGCUAAGCCAAUUUAUGUAAUUGUAAUUUGGCAACUAAAACUAUAGCAUUACAGUUCUUAUGCAAAAGACUUUCAUAACACCCUUACAAUAUUGUGCUUGGCAGCACCAUAUGAUGAUAUGUCAGCCAAACAAUAUGACAGAAUCAAAACAGUAGAGUUAAGAAGUGUAACAUCGUUGUUGAGGGUUGUUGUUUAAGUUGUGAAGGGGCUGCAAGCUGAGCUGCUGCUAACAUUAG